GUUACUUUUUCUUAUCAAUACCAAUAGUUGCAGUACACAGUGAUUUACGGAAAAGGAAACAAGAAUCGCUAGCUUGCUUUCUCUUGUUUCCUUGUCGUGCCUCUUCCCGCAGAAUAUUUUUCUACUCGAAAAAAUUCGCAUCCCCUGACCUACUUUUCUCCAACUGAUAGAAGCCUCUCGCGCCAAGAAGUUGUAACUCCACGUGUCUAAGUACAUCGAUCUUCAAGCCCAUUAUUAAAAUGCAUUAUCGUUCGCGCAUGUAAAAAUCGUCCGAUAUUCAUACAAGGAGAAGAUCCCCGACUACAUCGUCCCUGCAUGCAGCAGCUUUCACGUUUUGGAGCAGAAAGAGGCUCCACGAACUAGACGCUAACAGGAGCAAGACGGAAUUUUCAUCAAGAAGAACAUCAUGGCCACGCGGGCCCUUCACACGAAGAACUACAACUGCACUCAACAUAAAAAUUGUCAUAUCAUCGAUGUAGAAGCAACUUCUUCUACACGAGGAUUUCAACAGAUUCUGGGAUUUUUACAUACUAGUACUAAGAAGGAACUAACGUCGCCGAGACGGUCUAGAAGAAGAAACAGCGUUAUAGCGUUCGCACUAUCAUAGUACCAUCCACAAAUUGUAGCAGCAACAGGAGAUCUGCCAUCUUCUGAUCGUGGUGCCUUCCAGAGGGAGCAAAUAGAAGUAGAAGCGUCACUGUACUACUACUUCUCUUCUUGUACAUUUUUCAUCUUCACCCGGUGUCGUAUCUUAUUUCUGUUCCACCAACUUCGCUCUUUCCCGAUGACAUCUGGUGGCGACGAGGGUGCUAAGCCCGACACUAGGGGUAACAAGGGUGGCAAGGGCAACAGGGUUUACCGGAAGAAAGAGGAUGCUGCCACAGGAGAUGAAAAGGCGACCAGCGCAACAGAUCAAGCUGGAUCUACUUCUAAAGAAAUGAAGGACAACGGAGCACGAACGACAAGAAAGGGCAACAAGAAGGGAGGCUUUUCCUCGUCGAAAAACAAUGGAGCUAGUGGAGACCCUGAAGCAGAUGGUUCUGCCGCUAAAACAGGUAAAGCUGAUGCAAAGCCGCGGAAGGGAGCUGGCGGCAAAGCACCAAAAAACAAUACUAGUGUAGCCGGUGCAGACGGUGAAGAAGGUGGUGGAGCAGAUAAGAACGCUCCUUCAUCUAAGGAUGCAAAAGAAGGUACUACAACUACUGGUGAGCUGCAGGAUAAGAAGCCGAAAAAGGGUAAAAAGGGUGGAAAAGGACGAGGUAAAGAAAAAGGCGCGUCAAAGACCACUGCUGAAGACGAUGGUGGAGCUGCAGCAGAUCAAAAAGAAGGAACUACUGCUACCUCCACUGCUGGAGGUGGAAAGAAUGAUAGUGCCAAGACCUCUACCACUAAAAAAGGAGAAGGCAAGAAGACUAAAGGUUCAACAUCUUCUGCAGCGAACAACAAAGAUAGGCAAGAUGAUAGCAGCACAUCUGCUUCAAAGAAAGACCAGAACGAUGAUUGGAGCAAUUGGGAUAAAAAUAGUAAGUGGGACAAAUCUUGGGACUACAACAAAAAGGACUCCUAUAAUUCCUACAAGAACGAUAAAACAAAAUCUUCUGAUAAGGACAACAAAACCUCGAAGCAGUCUUCAUGGCAGGAUAAGAACAAUACCACUUCCUCUGCCAGUAAUGCCAAAAACGCAAAGUCAGCGGCUGCUGCCAAUAGCAAGACUAAAGCUGCAAGUCCAGGCGCUGGAGAACAGCGUAUUUCUGGUACCUCUGCGACGUCAGACGAUUUGGAAGAAAAGAUAAAAGUUCAAAAACGGGUCAUGGAGUACCUCCAAGGAGACGGCCCCGCCCGAGAAGUAAAGCUAGAACCGAAGGGGGUUGACAUGGUCACCAACCUUCUGCCAACGCUGGAACCAUAUGGCUAUACGAAAGCGUACUUCUAUUUUUUUGCGCCUAUCUUCACUUUGUAGUUUGUACUACUUUUAGUUGUAGUAGCUGUACAAGUUUAUUUAGUUGUAGCUGUCCAUCAACAUCAAGUUACAUGGUCAACAUCAUUUAGAAGACUGCAUUGCCUUGAUCACAUCUCCCUCGACAACUGCUCUUUCUACUCCCUACUGUAACUAAAACAACAGUGAUAUUUCGAGACUGGUCCACGAGCUCAAUUACGACGACGUUGCGGUAGAGCAGCACGUUGCUUCUGUCCUGGAUAACAAACCCGAGGAAGAUAAUGGCUGGAAUAAAGUUAUCAGCAAGGUACGGAUAGAUUAUUCCGCUUUCUCCUUUCACCACUCUUGCAGUGAAUAAGAAUAUGUUUAAGUUUGUGAUCCAUUGUGAAACUUGAUCCAAAUCCCCACCGAGAGCCGGAGUCUUAUGUUUAUGCUCUUGUUGUUUUUAUCGUUUAUUACAGUUAAAAAUUUUGAAGCUUUCCUCAGAUCAUUCGGAAGAGACAGAAUAUGAUGCUGUCACGGAUGAGAAAAGCUUGAACUUGUAAAAGUUUCCUUGUUUAUCUUUAUUUCACCACAGGCAGAAAAAAAGCGUAUUGCUGAGGAGAAGGCUGCUGAGGAGGAGAGACAGCGCAUUCUGGCGGAAAAAAAGCGCCGAAGGGAAGAGAGAGAGGAGGAGGCUCGUCAACUGAAGGCGGAGAAAGAUUCUAAGCGCGCUGAACGACGUGCACAAAGAGAAAAGGAACAGAAGGAGUGGGAAGAAUGGGAGGCUGAGGAGAAGAGAAAGCGAAAGGAAGAAAAAGCCAAAUGGAAAGCAGAAGAGAAAGAUUGGAUCUGGGAUUACGACAAGAAUGAGUGGAGAAAACUGACGGAUGCCGAGAAGCCGAAAAAAUUGAAGGAUAUUUUGGCUGCGCAGUCAGGAUCUGCAGUUGGUAGCAAUCGAACAAAGAGUGCAGAAGUUCAUCUGAACGAUGCGCAUAGUGUAACGGCAGGAGGAGCAGGCGGGCCGAUGGGCGGAGGACAUUGUAUUUUUUUAUGACGCUCCUCCGACUCCCCCCACUUGUUGUUAGGAGUAGAAACUAAAAAGAGAGUUGGGCUCAGACAUGUACUUGACUUUCCAGCAUGCUUCAGUUGGGCAGACACUUUCUUAUCUUCAGUUUGAUGACUUGCAUCUCACUCUCACACUUUUGCCAUCUUCACCCACCAUCACAACCAAAACGAACACCACAGCGCCAAAGACGCCAGCUGGAGGUGAUAGUACAAAAGGAGGCAGACCAGAUUAUACCAAGGUGUACGACGCGUUUUCUGGUGCUAAGCAGACUGCGUCUUCUCCUGAGCAUAGGGUAUGAAUUUUUGUGUCUUUUUGCAUGUAUAAUCCUUCUUUUUCUUAUCCCACUACCUAGCUACUUUAUUGAACCAUGAUCACAAGAACACAUCGAUUUCAAUUUGAUAUUCUUGGCACAAUGACUUGCUUCAUCAUCAAAGUCUAUGAGUCAAAGAAGGUUGAAACAUCUUCGUCUUCUACUCCCUAAUAAACCCUAGACCACCUCCAACACCUUCUUCUUCAUGAUGAGUGAUCAUCACCAUGAUCACCACCAACAACAGCACUACGGCGGCGGCAAAGGAUCAGAUGUCAACUUGCGGCAUCCACGAGACGCAGGCAGCUGGUUUGACCGAACCGAGAGAGAGGAGCCGGAUUAUGGCGCGACUCCAGGUCUCGAUCAUGAUGGUAGCACUCCCACUCCAGGAGGCAAGAAAGGUGCUGGAAAGGGUGGAGUCUAUUCCAGUUUUGCGCCUAACGAGAUGAAGGGUGGACGAGGAGGAAAGGAUCAUAAGGUACGACUAUUAAUUUGGUAAAAUACCAUAGUGAUAGAAGUGGGCGGUGAAUCUAAAAAGAGUAUGGAAAUGCCUCAAAUCGAGAACAACAAAGUGAACACAAGUAAGCUAGAAAAUAUUGAGAACAACAGACUAAGACUAUUCCACCUCCAUCAACCACCACUACAGGACUCACACGAUGACAAGGGACGGGGCAAGGGUAUCAACGGCACGCCACGAAACUUCGAACAAAGCGUACUAAUUCCUAACACGAAGGACCUAACUUUGUUGAUGGUCAUCAAAGUAUGUAGAUCUUCAUAAACGAAUCAGAUUCCAGAAUCAGUAUUUAUUCUUGAACCACAAUUUUCGUCUAUUCACUUGAUGCAGCUUCAGGUUUAGCACCUAUAUUCUGUGAAGAUUCACUUCGAGACCAAUUAUGAUCAACAAUGAUCUUCAACAGCCACGCGUUGACUCUCGCAAGGUCAGUGAUGCUGGUAACUACCAUGGAGGAGCAGGCAAAAAAGGCUACCAGGCUUUAGACGAUAGUCCUGACGCAGGUCACGACACCCAGGUGUACAUGAACAAUGGGCAGAGGAAGGACUACACGCAGUUGGAGAUGCAGCGACUGCAACAAAGGGAGCAACAGAUGAACAGCAAAGGUGGCGGCAAGUAUCAGCAGCAGUCUUCUUAUAACAACAACAGCUACCAAGGCGGUAAUGGAGGUGGCUCGUACAACAAUGGAGGUGCUUCUAGUCGGGAUGAUCGAGGAGGCCAGGGUGGUCAACAUCAUCCGCCUCAUAACAAGAGCAUCAAUCAAAUGAUGAUGCAAAAUGUGUAUAACCCUAACGUGGCAGCUGGGUCAAGCAUGGGAGGAGGACAUCCUGGUGGUGGACAAGGAUCCAACGUGAUGAACAACAGCAACGUGGCGAGUAAGCAAUCGACAUCGUCAUCACCUAAUGCUACGCCACUCCUGCCACUGGAAAGGCGAGACUCCAAUGCAGGCUUUCAAGAGCGUGAUAGCGCUGCAAACAGGUUUGAAGAAGAAGGACGAAAAAAACCACAAGAAACUACAGGGAAACAUGUGGUAUUACUUCUAUUCUACUAGAGUUUGUUGUACUUGCUCGUCCUUGUUGUUGGUUAUCUACCAAGUAAAUAAAGUAUUUGCAAUUUUUUUAACAUACAAGAGUAGCGGCUGCGUCUGCAGUAAACAAUUCAAUAUUUUACAUACAAAGAUGUAGAUGAUCAUGAAGACUAACUCGAUACAUAGAAGUUUACACACAUAUACGAUGAUCAUGACUAACUAAUUUGAUAGUCGUGUUGAAGUCUACACAAGUAGUACGACCCUCUCACCAAAGUGCGUCUAAAACCUUCCUCAGGUCUGCAAGAAGCACAGUUCUAUGGGGUGUGCUCUGAUCACCUUCAUCCGAGUGGAGCAUCGCAAUGGCGUCUUGAGAGAGCUAGCGCGCCAGGCAGCAGAAAGCGGUCAGGACCAGAAUAGCAGCAAGAGGGACUUAUACUACGUCAAUAUUGCGGGCACUACUGUCUCUGUGAGGGCUCGGACUGAUAAAUCGAAAGGCGGCGCGGAUGUUCCGACGGAUAUCUUCGUAGGUUGGGGCCGAAAAGUCGAACAAACAAAUCCGAUUGCAAGCGAGGAUUUGAUUGAGUACAACAUCAACUACUUAUACAUAGAUACUAGUUACUGCUCAGUGCGUGGAAGUUUGAUCAUCUUAUAAAUUUCAACAAGACCAAGAAGAGGAAGAAGAUACUACUUCUAGUGUCUCGAGUAAUUUCAUGUUUUAGCUGAAAAUGUAUGCUUGUUUUUAAUAGGCGGCCAUCACCAUCAUAAUGUUUGGAUGAAGUUACGGCCAAACUAAUAUCGUUUUUCUUAAUUACUCUACAGGUACUUUGACGCUGUCGUGGACAAGAUAAGUCCGCCGAGUCCGGUGGCAUCAACGCCAGUCGUACCGCAGCAGCAACAGCAGCAGGCGCCACAACCACAACAGCCGGCUGCCACAAGCUUCGGAUUGUCAGCAAUGCACCACCAACAGCAAGCGCCUCAGCAACAGGGAGCGCAGCAGCACGCGGCCGCAAACAAUAUGAGUGCUCAGCAGCAACAACAGCAUCAUGCUGUAAGCACACCAGCCGCAGCGCAGCAACAGAUGCAGCAGCCGCAAGCACCCUCGCCGGCUGUUCUGAACAACGCGGCACAGCAACAUCAACAGCACGGAGCUGCCUCUGUAGUAGCCCAACCGCAACAUCACCAGCAGCAGCACCCCGCACAGCAGGGAACGAUGCAUCAACAACAGCAAGGACCGUCAACAGGCACCUUUGGCACUAACGCUUCAACACAGCAGACACAACAGGGUAUUCCGCAAUCUAUAAAUCCCAACCUUCACCACGCGCAAGUGCCGCCUCACAUGCAGCAAGGAAUGGGUGCUGGAACCAUGGCGCACCAACAGCACCCAGGAGCAGCCAGCAUGGCGCACCAGCAGCACCCAUCUGCCGCUGCACAUCAGCAACAUCCAAGCCAACAUCAGCAACACCCGAGCCAACAUCAGCAACACCCCAGUCAGCACCAGCAACACCCCAGUCAACACCAACAGCACCCGAGUCAGCACCAGCAACACCCCAGUCAACACCAACAGCACCCGAGUCAGCACCAACAGCACCCAGCGAUGAUGGGCGGACAUCAACAGAUGGGCCAGCCGUCCAACAUGGGUGGAGGAGCAGGAGCUCAAAACCCGUACAGCCCAGGAGCUGCAAGUGCAGGCAACAUGCAGCGUGGUCCGGCUCCAGGAACAGCCAGCUCCUACAACCCGAUGAUGCAACAACAGCCGUACAACCAUGGAAAUAUGGGCCAGCAGGGAGGAGACUUCCACCCAGGUCAACAGAUGCAACACCAGCGAAUGGACCAACAGAUGCAGAGGCCUGA